AUGCUCUCAUCCAGCGACUUUGCAUCCGCUUCCUGGGAGCUUGUGGUCCGCGUUGACCAUCCAAAUGAAGAGAAGCAGAAGGACGUGAUGCUGAGGGUGUCUGGAGACCUGCAUGUUGGGGGUCUGAUGCUCAAGUUAGUAGAACAAAUCAACAUAUCCCAAGACUGGUCAGACUUUGCACUUUGGUGGGAACAAAAGCAUUGCUGGCUUCUAAAAACCCACUGGACCCUGGACAAAUGUGGAGUCCAGGCAGAUGCAAAGCUUCUCUUCACCCCUCAGCAUAAAAUGCUUCACCUUCGACUGCCAAACAUGAAGACGGUGAGACUGCGUGUCAGCUUCUCAGCUGUGGUUUUUAGAGCUGUCAGCGAUAUCUGCAGAACCCUGAAUAUUAGAAGAGCAGAAGAACUGUCCUUGUUAAAGCCUUCUGGUGACUGUUUUAAAAAGAAGAAGAAAAAAGACAAAAAUAAUAAGGAGCCCAUAAUUGAAGAUAUUUUAAACCUGGAGAGUUCUCCCACAAUUUCAGGUCCACCAGUAGCUCCAGGUUUAUACAGUAAAACCAUGACCCCCACCUAUGAUCCAGUCAAUGGAACGCCCGCGUCGUCCACCAUGACUUGGUUCAGCGACAGCCCUUUAACCGAACAAAACUGCAGCGCCCUUGCUUUCAGCCAGCCCACCCAGUCACCAGAAGUCCUGGCCGAAAUGUACCAGCCUCGGUCUCUCAUCGAUAAAACCAAAUUUAAUGCAGGGUGGCUGGACUCCUCGCGGUCCCUUAUGGAACAAGGCAUCCAGGAGGAUGAGCCACUGCUGUUACGAUUCAAAUACUACACUUUCUUCGACAUGAAUCCCAAAUAUGAUGCUGUCCGAAUAAACCAGCUCUAUGAACAAGCCAGGUGGGCCAUUCUCUUAGAAGAAAUUGACUGCACAGAGGAAGAAAUGCUGAUCUUUGCAGCACUACAGUAUCACAUUAGCAAACUGUCCUUGUCAGCUGAAACACAGGAUUCUACAAAGGAGUCUGAGAUUGAUGAAAUAGAUGCAGCGCUUUCUAAUUUGGAAGUUACCCUAGAAGGUGGAAAAACAGACAACACUUUGGAGGAUAUUACUGAUAUUCCUAAACUUUCAGAUAAUCUCAAAUUAUUUAGGCCAAAGAAACUAACUUUAAAAGCUUUCAAACAAUAUUGGUUCGUCUUUAAAGACACGUCUAUAGCCUACUUCAAAAAUAAGGAACUUGAACAAGGAGAACCAGUAGAAAAACUAAAUCUUAGAGGGUGUGAAGUUAUGCCAGAUGUAAAUGUAGCAGGGAGAAAAUUUGGAAUCAAGUUACUAAUCCCUGUUGCUGAUGGUAUGAAUGAAGUAUAUCUGAAAUGUGACCAUGAGAAUCAAUAUGCCCGAUGGAUGGCUGCCUGUGUCUUGGCAUCGAAGGGCAAAACCAUGGCAGACAGCUCCUACCAGCCAGAGGUCCUUAACAUCCUUUCAUUUCUGAGGAUGAAAAACUGGAACUCAGCAUCUCAGGCAGCUUCCAGUCACGAAAGCAUGGACAUGAACCCAGAAUGUUUUGUGUCGCCUCGAUGUGCCAAAAAACACAAAUCUAAACAGCUGGCAGCCCGGAUCCUGGAAGCCCACCAGAACGUGGCCCAGAUGACCCUGGUGGAAGCCAAGCUGCGAUUCAUCCAGGCAUGGCAAUCUCUACCUGAAUUCGGGCUCACCUACUACCUCGUCAGAUUUAAAGGAAUCAAGAAAGAUGAUAUUCUGGGAGUAUCAUAUAAUAGGUUGAUUAGAAUUGAUGCAGCCACCGGGAUUCCAAUUACAACAUGGAGAUUCACAAAUAUGAAACAGUGGAAUGUAAACUGGGAAAUCCGUCAGGUGGCUAUCGAGUUUGACCAAAACGUCUCCAUUGCAUUCACCUGCCUGAGUGCGGAUUGCAAGAUUGUGCAUGAAUACAUCGGGGGCUACAUUUUCUUGUCCACCCGCUCCAAGGACCAGAAUGAAACGCUCGACGAGGAUCUGUUCCACAAGUUGACUGGCGGUCAGGAAUGAAGCAAAGCCAGCCUGCUCGGCUGCACAAACAGAGCAAGCAAACUGUGGUCCUCCUGGACAGACGGGCUUCUCAGCUUGCACACACUGACUGACAAUAUAUCAUCACCAGCAGCCACCCAGAUUCUCAUCUCAUUUUAAACACACCAUUUAGCACAUCCCUGCAUUUCUUUGCUCUGUGCUACCAGUGAUGGAAGGGGCCUCAGUUGCCUUUUCUGGGAAGUGGGUAGCUGGGAGAGAUGGUGGUACUCUAAGAUUGCUCGAAGAUCCAACAUCUAACUACCAUUCCAUGACUUGCAGAACCUGCCAAGUAUGUGGCCAAAGUUGUCCAUGUGUUCAUCUGCUUCAUUGCUAAAUCAGAGAAGAUAGGAAGAGGUAAAAGCCACACAUAGCAAGUACAAAUCUUAUUCCAAAAACUCAAGUAUGAAAAGGAAUUUGUCUGUCUUUAACUGAACUACUUUUAGUUCCCAUCUUGUGAAAAUGGCAGAGAAAGUCCACAAACACACUUUUCCCCUGGAGGUCAAGUCGGGGGAGCAGGGGGAAUCCACCUGGUGCCAGCUAGCGACAAGGAGUGAGAGCAGCCGGCCCUCGGAGUCAUCAGUCCACAGUGACUUCUGCCAAAGUGACCACUGACCCAUCCAGUCUUGCUCAUUGGUCUUCUUGGGUUACUGCUUCCACCCACAAGCCCCCUUGCAUUCUUGGGGAUCCCUUGUCCACUUCCAAGUCCUUUUUGAAGACAUGGGUGAACCAGACCCACCUCUCAACUGCUUAUUCUCUGGGACAGGGCUCAGGAAGAAGGCAGAGUUCUCUGUGUUCAUAAAAACCCAGCACCGGAGAUUCCAAUCCCACCUCCACCCCAAGCUUGGCCUGAAAUCGGGGUGAGAUUGGCAGGACGUGGGGCAGGGCCAUUCUCAGAGACCACCCUGCCCUGAUGGCUGCCCCGUCAUGGCUCUUACUACACCUCAGGGCUCUCCGGGAUUUGGUGUCUGCACUUAUUUGACCCUGGCCUUUCCCCUAAAGGCCUUUGCUUUUACUCUUUUUCCACCUCUGCUUUUUUGCUGCAGCAUCCGUGCCUUGAGGCCAUGUGCACGGGCCAACUUAAAGCUGCCUGAAUUGGCAUUUUCUGUUUUGGUCUGUUAGUGGCAGGAAGGGUGAGUUUUGAGGUCAAAAGAAUCACCAAGGGUUGAGGGAAACAUCAAAUAAUAUUUUGUAAUGUUUUUGUAAGUAUUCUUUGACCACACAAGGAACUUGGGUUGCAAGGCUUAGGCAAAGGCUCCAUUGCCAUUUUGGGGAAGUUCUCCCAGGACAUUUUGCUCUGGGACCUAGCAGGAGUGCCAAGAGCCAGCUGCUGUGUUAUUUUCCCACAAAACCAUUUGAGAAGAGAGAUCUCAGCAAUUCCAGGAGUGACAUAGAGACAACCUUGGCUGGAGACAUCCAGGUCCUGAGCCAGAAGCUGUGGUCCGAAAAUUACUCUGUCAGCCUCUCCUUAGAGAUGAAUGUUAUUGAAGUUCUGAGGCAAAUUUAAAACUGGGAAGGAAUUUAGGCUCUUGGAAAUCUUGUUCACACAAUAUGGAAUUCUAUUUUAAAUAUUUAAUAUGGAAACUAGUGCUAAGGUACUGUGUUUGAUUUGGUGUUGGCCAUUUCUCUGUAGUCCUGGGCUUUAUGAUUUUAGAACCUACUCAAGUCUUUAAAAUUAUAAUCCAGAAGCAAAGGAAUAGCAGAGGGCCACUGAUAUUGAUGGCUGAAUGUUACAGGCACUUUUGUUGCUGUUUUUAACGUAUCUUGGGUAUCUUUCAACAACAUAGAAUCAUUUGCCUCUUGAUGUUGAGUUAUACCUGUUUGCUGCCAAGUACACUUCUGCACAAUUUAUCAAAGCUACCUUCCAUUCAAUCCUCUUCAUUAGCUUUUCACAGUUGUCUGUGAAAUCAAAGGAUUUGACUGAGUUGAACCCAACUAUCUCCGUUGAUUACAACUUUCAAGGGAGCAUUUCUUCUGUGACUUACACAAGCACAUCCCAAAGGGAAAUCAAGUGAGACUUUGGAACAGAUAAGUUUAAAUGCUGCUGCACCAACAAGCAACUUAAGGACAUUUUUUUUAUGUUGGGGUACGAAAGGUCAUCUGACUUCAUAUGAUGAAAUUUUAAAUUAAUCUGUGCCUUGCAAAAUUGUUUGCUUUCUUAGUUACACCAGAUGGAGAAAGCUGUGUUUUUUUAUUAUUUUACAUGACGUUUUAAGUUAAACAGUAUAUAUGGAUUUGAGCACUGUCUUGUGUCCUCUCCAAACUGCCGUCACGAAAAAGGGGAAUAUUUUCUCCGUUGUGAAAGAGGAGUGCAAUUUUCAGGUUUAAUAUGUAUUUCUCCUCACAAAUCCAAGAUUCAAGCUCCUUCUCCCCAGUGGUGCAGGGAGCAGCUGAUAACUCAGGUCUUCAGAGAUCAAGUUGAAAACCUCACUAAAUCAUUGGUUUCAUUCCCUUUCUCCCUGAAUCUGUCACCAGAUUCCUUACAUGUUCUGCUUUAUCGUGAACCCUUCUUGUCCCUUUCCAGCUCUACCUUUUGAAAAAAGCACCAGAAAGCAGAGAAAUAUCCAGAAGCAAAGGAAUAGCAGAAGGCCACCAAUGUUGAUGCAAAAGUUACAGGCACUUUUGCUGGUGUUGUUUUUAAAUAUCUUGGGUAUCUUUCGACAACAUAGUGAUAUGCAUCUUUUUUUUUUUUAACUGUUUUUUAGAGCAGUUGUCCAUUUGCAGAAAAAUCAGACAGAAAGUACAGAGUUCCCAUAUACCCUCCCCACACGCAGGCGCUUUGUUUUAGUGAUGGAAAGUCAGUAACGGGUAGUAACACGCAAUUUAUGGAUAUCCCUUCACACAGUCCUCACAUCGAUCCUCAGAGGGUGGGAACUGCUUGCUUUCUCAUUUUACAAAGAAGAAAACAGGCUCGGAAGGUGAAGUAGCUUGCCCAGUGUCACAUCACCAGUCAGCAGUGCAGCUGGGAUUCAAAGAUUCAAAACCAGGUUUGUCCAAACUCCAGAGACCGUUCAGUCUACCCAGCAACCCCACCACUUCCUUUCCCAGUCCUGCUCUGCUUUAAAAUGCUUAAAAUGGCAGGAGGUUGUCAAAUCUGGGAGGAAUUGGCCACAAAGAGCAUAGAUUUCAUAAAUCCUGUAAGCCAGAAUUUUUAUAUCUUUAAAAAUGGGAAUGCCACCUCUCCCACUAUAUCAUGAUGGAAAAUGUUUUUAAAACUGUAAAAUGCAAUACAAAUGUAAA